CGAGCGUGAGUUCAGACCGGUAAGACGUAUUUGUGGUCGUCCCGUGUUUGUGAUAUACGUCAAACGCGCGCCUCGGCGCGAAAACGAGGGUGUCGAUUUAACGUUGCUCGUGCUUUAAAGUGUUCUUACGGAAGUGCUAGUGUGACCGUCCAACGGACGAGUAGUGUUAAACGAACUUGAUCGACUAGUGAGAAGAAGAACUCGAUAGAAGAGAGAAAUUGAACAGCGCGUUUCUCACCACUCCCGAACGAAUUUCGUUGAAACGUCAUCUUCUUCGUCAGUAAUGCUGCCCUCGCUAUACCUUCCUCGCCCGUAUCUGGUCGACGAGAUUGCGCUCCGAUUAUGAUGUGAGCCUGUGAAGGUGGAAUCCUCGAGAAGCGCGAGGUCCUCGCAAUGGAGGCGGGACCGAAGCAACAGCAGCAGCAGCAGCAGCAGCAACAGCAACAACAGCAACAACAACAGCAGCAACAGCAGCAGCAAACUCAACAGCAGCAGCAAGCGCAACAAAAUUCGUCGUGCGGCGCGUCGAGUGGACAGGCGGCGAGCGGGCAGGCGACGAGUCCGCAGAGCGGCGGGCAGCCUGCUCAAGGCCAGCCCCAAGCUCAACAAAAUCAAGAUGCGGCCGCGGUCGCGGCUUGCACGACUGCGGAGGCCGGGCCGGUGGAAGAGGGGGUGCUGCUGGCCAGGGUGCACGUCCCGGAACUCUACGUCAGCAAGUGUCUUCAAUUCCCCAAGGAUCAGCUAGUCUGGGACGUGAAGCAGCAAUGCCUGGCAUCCUUGCCCAAGGUGGCCACUUGGUACAGGGAGCUGAAGGAGAGCUUCAAUUACGGUCUGUUCUGCCCGCCGGUGAAUGGGAAAGCCGGAAAGUUCUUGGACGAGGAACGUCGCCUAGGCGACUAUCCGUUCAACGGGCCCGUCGGAUACUUGGAGCUCAAGUACAAAAGACGGGUCUACAAGAUGCUGCACCUGGAUGAAAAACAGUUGAAGGCGAUGCACACGAGGACGAACUUGCGAAGGUUGCUCGAGUACGUGGCAAACAGCCAGGUCGAGAAGAUCGCCAAGAUGUGCAGCAAGGGCCUGGAUCCUAAUUUCCACUGCCAGGAAACCGGAGAGACUCCCCUCACCUUGGCCACCACGUUGAAGAAACCCUCGAAGGUGAUAAUAGCGCUGGUGAACGGUGGCGCGUUGUUGGAUUAUCGAACGAAGGAGGGUUUGACGGCGAUGCAUCGCGCCGUGGAGCGGAACAGUUUGGAAGCUGUGAAGACGUUGCUCGAGCUCGGCGCGAGCCCCAAUUACAAGGACACGAAGGGCUUGACGCCGCUCUACUACAGCGUCAUCUACAAAACCGAUCCGAUGCUGUGCGAAACGUUGCUCCACGACCACGCGACGAUAGGCGCCCAGGAUUUGCAGGGAUGGCAGGAAGUGCAUCAGGCCUGCCGCAACAACCUGGUCCAACACCUGGAUCACUUGCUCUUUUACGGUGCCGACAUGAACGCGCGUAACGCGUCCGGCAACACGCCGUUGCACGUAUGCGCUGUGAACAACACGGACUCGUCGUGCAUACGCCAGUUGCUGUUCAGAGGCGCGCAGAAGGACAGCCUGAAUUACGCGAACCAGACUCCCUACCAGGUGGCGGUGAUCGCUGGGAACAUGGAGCUGGCCGAGGUCAUUAAGAAUUAUCAGCCGGAAGAAGUUGUACCGUUUAAAGGGCCGCCACGCUACAACCCGAAACGGCGCUCGGUGGCGUUCGGAGGCACGUCGACGAUGACCACUAGCUGCUCGGCCAGCAACUUGGGCACCCUGACCAGGAUACCGUCCGCCGAACACCAACACGCCUCUGGCGGAACAGGAGGAGGAGGAGGAGGAGGGGGAGGUGGUAGCCUGACCAGAACGAUCUCAGUGGAGCAGUACGCGGUGACGAGAGUACCGUCCGCCGAGCAAUACGCGACCGGCAACCUGACCAGAGUACCGUCCACGGAACAAUACGCCAGCCCUAUCGCGACCGCGACCUCCACCACCGCCAAUAACAACAACAACAACAGCAAUAACAGCACAGUGUCGAGGCUGUCCACGGGGGAUCAUCAUCACCAUCAUCACCACCACCAUCAUCACCAUCAAUACCAACCGGCAACGAGCGCCACCGGUACGCUUACCAGAGUGCCGUCCGCCGAGCAAUACACGACCGGCACCCUCACCAGAAUACCGUCCGCCGAGCAGUACGCGAACAGUAUCGCGAGCAGGACGGCGGGGGAGCCGCAUCAUCACGCCGCCGCCCUCGCCCCCCGAGUACCGUCCAUCGAACCGACGACGACGACGACGACGACCAGAAACGACCAGAUACAGAGAAUACCGUCCUCGGAUUACCAGAGCCCGAAUUCGCUGAGGGAUCCUAACGCGAGAUUACCGACCACCGCGGAGAACUAUCAGAACGUAAGAAUGGAGGGACUGACGAGGCUGCAAGAACACCGGCUCGAGCUUCAACACCGUCUCGACAUGCACAGAACGAUGGAGAUGCCGCCCUCGCCCUCGCCGAGCAGCAGGAGUCUAGCUCCUUUCAGCUCGGCCAGCUCGAGCCUAUCCGAAGGCAGCAAUCAACCGUCCGGUGAAGAUUCAGCCAGCAUCGUCACAGACAAGAGUCUCGGCGAUACAGCUUCCGACGUGAUUAGCGAUAGUUCAGGGGUGGGAACCUCGCAGUCGGACACUACCAAUUCCCUAUCGAUACCGGGGACCACGGUUGUCUGCGUCGAGAGUUAUAACAGCGGAAUACUAGGCCAUCUGAAUAUCAAUCAAGGAGAUAUCUUGGAAGUGACAGGGGCGACCGAUUGCGGCCUUCUCGAGGGUGUUCUUCGCGGACAGGGCACCGGCCUUUUCCCAGCCCACUGCGUGCAGGAGGUCAGGCUUCGCCAUACCAACAUCCCACUGGGCCCUCAGCCCUCGAGGGAUGGCCGCAACCCAAGGGUGUUGGGCCGUAGGGAAUCGCAGCACAAGUAUUUCGCUACCGCUCCCAGAUUGAAGAAACCAGUCACGUCCGAGCCUCGCACAGUGGUGCUGCAUCGUUCGAGGAAGGGUUUCGGAUUCGUGUUACGGGGCGCCAAGGCGACCUCGCCUUUGAUGGAGUUGACGCCAUCGGCCAGAUACCCUGCCUUGCAGUACCUGGACGACGUCGAUCAAGGAGGAGUGGCGGAUCUGGCCGGUCUUCGAAAAGGCGAUUACCUUAUCCAAAUCAACGGCGAGGACGUGACGACGGCGUCGCACGAGCACGUAGUCGACCUGAUACGAAAAUCGGGCGAGUUGGUACGAAUGACGGUGGUCUCGCCGAUGAUCAGCCUUCCGAACUCGCAAUCGGCAGCCCUUCUGCCAACUAGUCAACCGAUUCAGAGACAGUACGCGACCCUCCCUCGGAAAGGUAACAACAACGUGGCGAUUGGGGGCACGCUGGGCAGGUCACCUGCCCCCAUGCCUCCACGAAGGGAUCCAAAGACGACUCUGAGCGUUGGCCGGGCGCGGGCGAGAUCGAUGGUGGCUGGAUUAGGUGGUGGGGAGAGGGACGAUCGCGACGAAAUCACGUCGACGGGGGCUAAAUCGAGCAGCGCGGAGUCUAUCCAUCUUCCCCAGCAGCCAUCGACCGGGCCCAACACUGGGCAAAACACGCCGGUUCAACCGAGGACGGCCAGCAUCCGAUCGAGGCCCACCUCCAGCAGGAUCACCGCCGCUGAAUUGGAGGAACUAUUUCAGCGGCAGCAAGGUAGUGCCAGUGGUCAGUACAGCUCGUCCAUGAUGAGCUCUCACUUUCAAACUGGUCAAGCUACCAAGUCGCAUCCUUCCUCGCCUGCAAAGACCGGCAGGGUAUACGCGAGCGUAGCGGAAAUGAAACGCAAAGGCAAAUUGAACUCGAGGGUGCGAUUCUUCGGUGGAUUGGGCGGUGGUUCCGAUCUUCAUCGAGACUUUCACAGUACGCCGGACUUGAAUGUGCAGGUGCAGUCGUCCAUUUUAGCUCCGAAAGGGCACAGAAGCCAAGAGGACGUGAACGCGUUGAAUGGUAGAAACGGGCUUCCACCACCGAACCAUCCGCCACCUCCGCCACCUGUCGGUCAAGUAGUCAAAGUGAACGUGGGCGCUAAUGUGCCGGAUGUAGUCACACCGGCCUCUGUCUACGAUAACAUGGCUCAUAUACAGCAAGUCAAAGAAUUGGCAGCCGCGACGGUGGAUGGAAGUUACGGCGUGAUGUCGAGCUUCCGACCUUCGAACAGCGCAAAACUGUACGCCUCGCCGGAGGACAUGAAGACUGUGGGGUAUCGUUCCCGUAGCCUGCCAACCCAUACGACCCGUUGCCACGUGAGGAAGUCGCACAGUUUGCGCACCACCAACAACACGACGUUCAAACCGUUGAACAGCCAGCAGAACGCGAACAACGCGGUGAGCAACAACAACCAAGUGAACAACAACCAGUCGGCCAACAACCAAUACGCCCAACCUUUGAAGACGAAUAGAAGUCACAGCACGAUCGGUAUCAGGGAGAGAAAGAAGAAGGGUAUCAGUACCAGUUCCUCGAUCACCAAUCUCUCGUCCGUGGCUAACAACAACACAGGGAACACGGUAGUGGCAGCGAACACGGCACCGCCUAUCCCAGAGCCGGAUUACAGCCUCUCCGAGUCGGAGAACGACGAGGGCGAGGAGGAGACCGACGACGACGGGGAAUCGGAGAUCGCCAAGGAGUUGGAGAAGGCGGCCGCGAGAGAGAAGUUGGAAUCGACUCGGGAAACAUCGGGCAACUCGAACACCUCCGGCUCCAGUUCGUCGGGCAGCAGCUCGUUGCCCCACUCCUUCAGCGUGGAGGAGAUUCAAAAGGUGAGGACGCAAUUGAAGUCUUCGAAAAGUCAUCCGAACGACUUCCUGCUGCAGCAAACGCAACAAUCCUUGGCCGAGGACGGUGACAAUAGCUCGAGCGGAGUGAGCUCGGACCAGGACGUGCCUGUAGGUCCGCCGACGGGUUUCGACGACACGACAGCGAGAAAUCUUGCCAACGAAACUGGCCAGCAUCCGGCCACGGUGCUCUCCGUGGAAAAGGAGGCCAAUCCGAAAAGAACGGGCUACGGUGGCAGCGGAUUAUUGACGCGGCACGCGGUCAGCUUGGCCCAAUUGCCGCCACCGAUCGAGGCGGAUGCCGAGGAGCAGAGCAACGAUUUGUUCGUGCCACCGCCACCAGAGUUCAAUGCGGGACCGUCUGCCGGGAACGGAGACGAAUUGGUAUUUGCGCCGCCGCCUCAAUUCUGCGACAACAAACAACAAGCGCAACAGCAACAGCAACAAUCGCAACAGCAACAGCAACAGAAUCGCGUUAAGAUCAUCGGGGCGAUACCGAAAGUUACCAACAAUCAAGUAAAAGCUUCCGGUGGACGAUUGCAUAAUCAGUGAGGAAUAAUAGUCGCGAACGAUCGCCGAUGAACGGACGCGUUCGGGUCGCGUGAUCACGUUGUUCGAUCACGAUCUGUCAGAGUCAAUUUAAUCUUUCCGUAAUUAACCUUUCUCUCCAUCCGAGAUAAUUGUGCGCACGCAGCAUACGUUGUUGCGCAUGUAUCCUGAAUAUCAUCUGUUCCGUCAUUCGGCCGAAACGAAAACCUAACCUAAAAUAAUAAUGCGAUUAUUUGCAAUAUAUUUUUUUCACACGAUAUUUCCCGUGCGGGGGAGGGGCAGUUUUUUAAGAAACAAAACGCGCGCGUCGUCCCUAUCGCAUACUAUCCAUAAUAUCCUUUGAUCGAGCGUCGUUUGGAUUGAUUCGAUCAAUGAUCUGUGGUAGUCAAGUGAACGAUGUAUUCAGUGAAUUUUUACCGUAAAAAUACAACUUAGAAUAUGAAUCGUACGAACCGCAGAUACGUUAGAUUUAAAAAGUCGUGCGUGCAAUGCUUUCUACUUGCGAAACGAUAUAGAACCACAUUCGUAAAUGUCAAAAUACUAUAAAUGUCUCGUGGAAUGGCCUAAGAGGUGAGAACGAGAGAGAGAGAAAAAGAUCUAUAUACCGUAUUGUAGUUCGUAAUUAGAGAGAAAAAACAAAGUAUGCGAGCAACAGAGAGAAAGAGAGAGAGAGAGAGAGAGAGAGAGAGAGGCAGAGACAUAGAAAUAAAAAAACAAAAAAGUAAGAAUAGUUCUAUGAGAUGCGUGUGUAUGUGUGCGAAUGUGCGCGUGUAUAUGUAAGAAACGUAGAGAAUGAAUGUAUAGCGUAUAUCGGUUUGUUUUUCAUAUUUCUAACGAAGUACGACGCGUGUUUAAUACUUUUACAUAUAACGAUCUUUAUCCUUAAACGCCAUCAACUUCUCUCAUUCCAUCGCAUAAAAAAACAAAAAAAAAAAAAAAAGGCAUUUUCGAAAAACAACGCAUCGAAAUAUCAAAUCGAAGACAUGAAUCGGUGCUGCUAAUCGAAAUUCAUUUUUUUUUUUUUUUUUUUUUUUUUUUUCCCAUAACGGACAUAACAUAACAUAAAUUCGAGAGCAUCGAUGCAAAAAAAUAAUCAAAGAUGCCGAAUUAAUGGGUUAAUUAAAGUAAAACGCGCGCGCGCGAAAUUGAGUUCAUUUUGUUUGUCUCGUGUUUAGACUGCUCAAGAGCCUAAUUAAAAAGUUCUACUCACAAAGUCAUUAGAAAUUGUUUCUAGUUUGUAAUAACGAGUAAUAGCAUUACGACGAGUAUGAAUUUAUCUCUAAGCUCGUAAUCGCGUUAAUAGAGGCGCACUGUACUACGUUAACGCACCAACAUUAUUCAGCUUGUAAGAUAGAUCGUAUUCCUUCCAUUUGAAUCAGGCUCCUAAGAGUCGCGAGAUGUGUAAUACAUUACGAUAUAUAUUUCCUUCGGUAAAAAAAUAAUAUCUAUUGUAUUUAUUCACAAAAGAAGAAAACGCAAUGUUCCUCGAUUGAACAAUUUCUUAAUGAAGAAAAUCAAAAAUUAAUUCUUCUUUUUUAAUCGAAUAACCUGCAUUGAUUUAUCCUGUAUAUAGUAUAUAAUAAUGAAUCGGCAAUAAGGAAAGAAAUAAAGAAAGAAAAUCUCGCGUCUCUCGGCGACACUGCUACAUAGUGUAUAUAUAUAUACUGAACAACAUUGCUACGUAUUAAAUAUCUAUAACGAUGGAACGAUUAUUAUCAUCACUUUUAUGAUCACCGCGAUAGAUUUAAGCGAUAUCCAUGAAAGCAACGUCCUUCCUAAUUAUUGUUUUUAUGCCUUUUCAAGUUAAAUCAUAUUCAUAUACAAACGGUGAAGUAUGAUGUUAAGUCAAUGCAUGCUUGUUAAAGCAUGAAUAAAAAACAGUUUUGAGUCGAAGAAAAUCAUAUUAAAGAUAAGUAUUAAAUGUUCCUUAAAUAUUUUAUUGUUUGUUUUCGAUCGAUAAAAACGAAAAAUCGCUGAUGCGUGUAUAUCGUUUCAAAAACUGAUUGAUCGACUGGUUGAUUCGGAUUAGUAAAGCAAUAUUGUACGCAUUACAACGGCUCGUGUAAUAAUAAAACGUUUC